ACAUUGUUGACUGCGAGAAUGUGGCAUCGAAACGAUAUCCAUCGUCCAAUUGACUACACGUCAGCUUUAGUCCCAGACGCCGUCGGGUUGAUGCCUUACUAACCCUGGCUCGCCUCAGUUGCAGCCUAAGCUAACAACCGAUUCGGAAAGCAGCUGAUCGUCAACAUACACGCAAUCACCUAUUAAAGUCGCAUGAGAGCGCGUCUCUUUCGUGUUUUUCCAAAAUCAAACGUGUCUCACUCUCAUUAAUUGCUCGCUGAUCAAUAACUCCCACGAAUUCUCAAUUGCGGUUAAUCAACUUACAAUGUCUCAAAUUGUGACAUCACAGACAACCUUUGCGUCUGGCCGUUACUCGAAGCGUAAGCGGACACAGGUCAACUACCGUAUGGAAGAGAUGGAUGUUGAUGAGAUGGAUGGGGAGUUUGAGGAAGAUGUGAAACCGAAGAAGCAACGCAAGACUGCAUCCAGCAGACCCUUACCGAAGCGCAACAUCUUUCCUUUUCUUCAACUGCCUGCAGAGAUCCGCAACAUGAUCUACACAUACGCGCUCACUGAUCCAUCGGGUAUCAAAUUCGUUGCCGUUCAACGGAACAGGCGCCGUUGCGUCGAGAGAGUCUCGGACAAGACCUUCAACCAAGUAUCGAACUACAGGUCUCCCUACCAGUCGAACAAAAUCAAUAGCGAUGCGAAUGAGCGAGCCGCAUCCCUUGUUCCUUCACUCCUCGCAACAAACAAGCAGAUCUAUCAAGAAGGUUGUGAUAUCCUAUACGGCAACGAACUUGUCUUCGCUGACACUGUCGCUCUGUAUGCAUUUAUGAUUAACCUGGGUCCUGGCAGUGCUUCUCACCUCAGGAAGAUGCGACUCACGGGCUGGGGCCGGGGACGUACAUCGAAGGCGUAUAACAAUGCCUGCUUCGCAGUUCUUAUCUGGGCUACCAAUCUUGAGAAGCUCUACAUCGACAGUACUUUCAGUUAUUACAGGCUACCAAAGCUUUGUGCUCAGCAGAUCUAUCGCGAUGCGUUUCCCUGGCUGGAAGCUGUCGGCCGCGCCAAAAAGAAGGCCGAUGCGGCUCUUGAAGUUCUCGAGGUGGCUGCUGGGAGCCUGCGAGGGGGCUAUUACGGUUCUCAGAACGUUACCGACGCAGAGAGACGCAAGACAUUCAACGACGAAUUGAGAAGGAACCUAUACUGGCAUCAGAAGUGCGUUAUGCCCAAAACGAAAAGAAAGACGAAGGCUUCUAAGGUCAGUGGCAAGCCCUGAGGAUCAACAACUUCGACUCAGUUGUUCGUAGGGUAAUGGUGGAUGGACUUCGCUCCACAUCUAUCAAUCACCAAUGUCAUCUACAUCGCACAGCUGUAUUAGACAGGUUUCGAUAUGGAGUUCACCAAUUUCGGCGUUAAGGUCAUGGCUGGGCAGCUCGUAGCGUUUAUGAAUCAUGAUCGUAGUGUUUUCAACCACCGUAGCUAUGUGGAUAGAUUUAUUCAGAAUCUUAAUUUUACGAAUUUACUUUGCCAGUUUAGAGACCUCCAAGCUCAGACGAGGGAAUUGCCAAGCAUAUGUCGACGAUCUCGAAUCAAGG